AUGCCAGAAACUGGCGAGCCACCAACGAAUUUUAUCCGCCUUCGAGGGAUUCCUGAAGCUCAGGUGGCUCCAGAAAAUGCUCGGAAAUGGUUGGUUAUCAAAUUCGGCCUCAAAACUCCAUCGAUUCGAGACAACACUAUGCUGAUAGCAUUCUGUGAUGAAAUUUGCAAGCUACUCAACGAGCAGGAUUUACGACUCGACAUUCGCCCAAGCUCAUUCUUGUCGAACGCAAAAGAUGAGCAAAUAAUUUCUGAGACACUGGAUAAUGUUACAAAGGAUGUACUGGAGAACCCGCCGUUGAGACUGCCGAUGCUUUUGUUUAUCGAAGAUAUUGACGGCUCCGAUACAUUUGCAAAGCUACAAACGCGCUACCACAAUCACAUGUUUAUGUUUCUGGUGACUGGAGAAGAAGCCGAUCAAAUGAUUCGAUCAAACGACUUUAGUCAAGCCAGGGAAUGGUGCGAACAAUUUGCGGAGAUUGUUGCCAAGAAUGACAUCACAAGGGCCCAAGACUAUCCGACGAUUAUGAGAAGAAGGGAGGAAGACGAAAAUCGGAGACGUGACACACAGAGAGCUGCAACGCUUCCUCGUCCAGUUCAUGUCAGUCAAGCUCACCAUAACGACAGUGAAAACUCCUAUGGAGCUUCUCCAAUGGACUACGUCCCAGUACUCGUUGAAAGUGAGGAUGAAGAAUGCGCCCAGAUUCUUAAAGAUGCCGCGCCUUGUGAAGUUUUCCGAAUUAUUGACACUCCUGAGUUAUCAACUGAUGUAUCCCCGCCACUUCGCUUAACAGUAACUUCUGAUGAGGUUAUCGAAGCACUCGAUGUGAUCUCCAAUGAACCCAAUCUGCAUACUUCCACUUUGAUCACAAUGUUUUUUUCCCCUAGCCUACAAGAGCGUUUGAACCACCCAUUUGAUGACUUGUGCUUAAACAUAAAGUUGCUGGAAGUUAUUACACUGGCUUGCUUGACGGAGCGCCAAGAUAUGGAGAAUAUCGUUCAUGAUAUGCUUGAAGUUACGGUUACGUCUGGGUUUGUUAUGCACAUUCUUGAUGAUUUCUUGUUUCCGCUCAUCGAAGGAAGGAUUCAAAUUGAUUUGGAGCCUGAACACUUGGCUUAUUGUGUCUCGACGGUCUUUGGAUUCUUCAAAACGCUUUCACUUAAGCAGCUUAUCAAUCCACAAACGAUGAAGCUUUGGAAUAAGGCUUUUGCGAUCUACGAAGAAUUGCCUACUGCUGUCAGAAAACUCAUGCCAUCGAACACAAAAAGAACACUUCAAAUUAUUAUGGAAGGUCCAGAAGCGAAGAUUGAACAGCGAACUUCUUCAAAAGAGAUCAACACCAACGACACACCAUACAUUGGUUCUGAUGAAGAUGGUUGGGGCAGUGAGAACGUUUCUACAAACAAUUUUUUGAAAAAGGAAUUUACGAUUCCAACAUGUGGUCAGAUGCCAACCUCAUUGCACCUAAACAUGCCAUGUCUUUGGGCCGAAUCGGAGAAAACAGCGCCACCUGGUGACUUUCGAAAGCUCAGUACCAAAAUCAUUCGUUCAGACUUAGUCAAUCCUGAUAAGCCAUAUCUACGGCGGAUGAAAACAGAAGGAUCGUUUACUAAUGCUGAAGAAUAUCUGGACACUGUCUACCGCCUUUUUCGCGAAGAUAUGGUCUCGCCUCUUCGAGAUGGUCUAUUCAUCUGGAAACAACAUGGAUACAACCCUCGUCGUGAUCCUGAUGGACUUGCACCCGAUCUUUUUAUUAUGGAAGACGUUCGUAUUCGUGGUAUUCGAGCUAAAAGCGGCACCGGUGAAACGAUGAGAAUGAUCGAAAUUCCACGUCAGCAUCUCACAAAAAUACUUGAGCAAAGGAAACUUCCCUACGGACAAAUGAUUGGUCUUUCAUCUGAUGGAUUCAAGGAAAAUAUCCACCUUGCACUCGUGGUCGAACGUGAUGAUGAGCUUUUGAAAACACGAAACUAUAUCGGAAUCAGCUUUAUUGAUGAAAUGGAUGGGCUUGACAAGGGUGGACAUGCAAAAUUGGAUACAGCGUAUUGCUUAAUUGAAAGUCAAGCGUUUAUUGAGAUGUACACGCAUGUUUUAACGUCGAUUAAGAAAAUGAACCGUUUCCUUCCAAUCCCCUUCGAACGCUAUAUUGUCCAUGGAUUCACUGAUGUUUUGCGCCCGGCUUACAUGCGCUUGGAAACACCGGAGAAUGUGAUCGAAGAGCGGGCGAGACUCGAGACUUAUUACACCGGAAAGCGAUUGGAAGCUAAAGCAAAAAUCAUCGAAAGAAACAUAGAGCGGGAACGUGAAAGAGAAAGCAGGCUGGCAAUUGAGAAGAACAACACGGUCAAAACGGAAUAUCAAAAAUCCCGGAGAAAGCGAAACGAAAAACUUGCUGUUAUUGAUUUGUCGGAAACGGAUCUUGUACCAAUGAGCAAACCACAAAAAAUGAGCGACGUCGACCGAGAAGCCGAAGAAAUACGCGAGCAAAUUGAAGAGGCAGAAGAUUUCGUGCCGCGUCCAUAUGCGCCCAAUCAAAGAAUGUUGAAAGAAAUUGCGAUUCGUGACGAUGAUUAUGAUAUUUCGACUUUGCAUGCUCAGUUUGAUCCAAACAACGUUUUGAUGGAUAAAUCGCAAAGAAAUGCUCUUUUUCAAGCGCUAACACAAGAAUUUGUGAUCAUUCAAGGACCGCCUGGCACUGGUAAAACGUUCAUUGGUGUUGAGAUCAUCGCAGCUUUACUGGCAAACAGACUUCGUUGGUGCAUUACCGAGCCGGUUCUUGUCGUUUGCUAUACAAAUCAAGCCUUGGAUCAAUUUUUGGAAAGGAUUCAUCGACGUAUUCAGGAAGAUAUGGUGAGAGGACGAAUCGAUCAUGAAGGACCUAUUGUGGCUCGCUUGGGAACUCGAUCAGAAAGCGCCUACAUUAAAGAA